AUGCACACUCUCAUACUAUGGAGUGUACAGCGCAGGGUGCCUUUUUUAAUGGAAACAACAAAAGCAGAUCGUUCUCUUCCAUGAAGGCCAAUGUAAACAUCUAAGAAUAUAUUAACAUUUCUCAGAUUUUUUUGCUUUUGUGGACUACAAAUGCAAGUUGAUGUCAUACUGGGAUUACUUGGCAAAGAUAAUUUACAAACAUGAGACUGGAUGGAUUAUGACUCAUGCACAAUUUUUAAACAAAGGAAUCUGUCAUUUUUGCUUAUUUCUUUUAUGUCUGAAGAUAAAUGUAUGCAAAGAUAACACAUUAGAACGACACAAGGGGAUAUAAGUUCCUCUUUUGUAUUUUUGCUGUCAUUUGAAAGUGAUUUGAACUUUGCUAAGAUGCUCACUGAGAUCAACGGAUUCUGCUUGAAGUUACUGAAUAUACUCUACAGACAGAUGAUGUUUCCUGAAUCAAUUCCUCUCUUUUUGAUUGUUCUUGUGUUCAGUUCCUCAACUGAUUCAACUGAACCUUUAAUAAAAAUGCCUGAAACAGAACAAACACAAUCUGAAGGAUCAUGUGUCACCAUCUCCUGUUCUUAUGAUCCAGGACUGGAUGAAAACUUGACACUUCACUGGUUUAAGAAUCCAGUAUAUGAUAAUGAUUUAAAAGCCUAUAAUGGUACUAUUGUAUAUAGUAACACAGGUGAUCGUCCCCAGUCAGCAGGUUACUCAAGUAGAGUCGAAUACAUCACUGAUAAAACAGAAAAACCCAGAAACUCUUGGAUAAAAUGUGAUUUAAGAAUCAAUGAUCUACAGAAGACAGACAGUGGGAAUUACAGCUUUAGAGUCAUUGGCUUAGACAAACACAAGUACAUGAGCACAAAUAUCAGUCUCACAGUUACAGACAAUCCUUGUAAGGUGAAGAUUGAUUCAUCAGAGAUUAAGUAUUCAGUCAAAGAGUCAGAUGAAUUUACUGUUCGCUGUUCAACCUCUGUUUCCUGCUCAUCUCAUCCUGAGUGGAUUCUCCAUAAACCAGGACAAGAACCAGAAAGAGUGAUGUCAUCAAAUAAUAGAUUCACACAGGAUAAAGAGGAAAAAGAAGGCAAAAAGAUCACCAGACUAAAAUUUAAUACAACAUGGGAAGAUGACAACAUGAUCUUGUCUUGUCGUCCAGAAGAAAGUCAGGACAGCUGCCUCACUAGAAAUAUCACUCUGUCUGUUGAAUAUGCACCAAAGGAAGUAAAAGCAACAGUGAGCUCUGAUAAUGUGAAGGAAGGAGAUUCUGUUACUCUCUCCUGCACCUCUAGAGGUCGCCCUGAUGCCACCAUCUCAUGGUUUAAACAAGGGAAGGAAAUAUCACAAUUGGAUGAGGGGAGACUAGUUAAUGUCAAACCAGGAGACAGUGGAGAAUACUACUGCAAAGCUGAAAACAUUCAUGGAAAUGUAGAAUCAAAUAAAAUUUCUAUAGAUGUUAAGUAUGGUCCAAAACAAGUCAGUAUAACACCUCCUGUUUACAUCAAUGAUCUCAGAGAGGGAGAUGAGCUGAAACUGAAGUGUUCAGUGGGGGACAGUAACCCAGCAGUCAACCAGUUUCAAUGGUAUAGGGAUAAUUCCCAGUUAUGGUAUCAAACCAGUGAGACAUUAACCAUCAGUCGAGUUAAACCAGAACACAAGGGCUCUUACUACUGCAAAGCAGGCAAUGGAAUAAAAACAGCACAAUCUAAUAGGCUUCAGGUAUCUGUAAAGUAUUCACCACGCCAAAUUCAAAUAACAGGUGAAAGAUCAGUAAAAGUGGGCUCCAGGCUAUUUCUAACAUGUUCAGCUGAUGCAAACCCUCCACCAUCCUCAUACACUUGGAAACACAAAACUGCAGUGGUGUCUGAAACAUCUCCUGUCACAUUCCCAAUAACAUCUAGUGUGUUAUACAUUCAGAAAGUGACCACUGAACAUUCAGGGACGUACACAUGUGAUGUUACCAAUGCUAUUGGAACAAAAGAUGAAUCCAUAAAUGUUGAUGUGCUUUAUCCCCCUUCUACACCUGAGUUGACCAUGAAGAAUGAAGUGAAAGAAUAUGAUGUGAUCUCAAUUAUCUGCAAUGUGCAAAGUUUUCCUGCAUCACAGCUGACAGUGACCGGACCCUCUGAUCUCAAAAACAUUCCUACGAGUCGAAUGAACAGCACUAAAUCUGAAAACAUGUUAAAAAUCUUCCUGAAUAUAACUGAGACAGAUGCAGGUGUGUACAGGUGCACGACAAAAAAUACAGAGGGAACAAAAUACACUGAAAAAAAGCUGCAGGUGUUACAUGCACCUAAAAAUGUUAGCGUGAGACCUGAUGGGGAUCAGACGAUAGGACACAAGCUGACUCUUGCAUGUAACUCUCGAUCUAAUCCAACAUCAUCCUCUUAUGAGUGGAAGAAACUCAUCAAUGGAGAAUUAAAGACAGUUGGGAAAUCACAGGAACUUCACUUUCAUCACCUGAACAUCAGUGACUCUGGUCAAUACAUCUGUGUUGCUGGGAAUAACAUCGGAAAAGCAGAAUCUCCACCAGUUUAUAUCAAGGUGAAAUAUAUCCAAAAUGUAACCAUCAUCCAUAACAUGACAGCUCAGAGGAAUUGGGAGCAUCCCGUCAAUCUGAUGUGUAGUGCUGAUGCUCAUCCUCCUCCGAAAGACUUCAAAUGGUACAGACUGGAAAACAAAACAGUCUUAUCCAACCAUCAAAACUUCAUCGUUCUACCUCAGAACCCAGGAAUGUACUACUGCAACGCAACCAAUGAUGUUGGGACCUCACAAUCCAAACCCAUCACGCUAUUUGUCCACAGCAGACUUACGCUGUUCAUUACGCUGUUCAUCUCCAUCAUUCUGCUGCUGAUUCUCAUUGCUCUGGCCAUCUUUUUGAUACGCAGAGAAAUCAUCAAGGCAAGAUUAGAUCAACAGAAUGGAGCAGAUUAUCCAUUGCAUUUUAUCCCAAUGUUCCUGUCACGCUCUUCCACAGUGACAAACUUGCUUUUAUUGGGAUCUCAAAAUAAUACCCGGGAGAAUUUGUCGAUGGCUGGAAUUUCUGAUCCAAACAAUGGAAGGACUGUAUACUCGGAGAUAGUACUCCAUUCGCAAGAUCCUGCAAAAACACAGGCUCCUGGUGCAAGGCCGGUAUCCAAUAACCAAAAACAAAAAGUGGCUCAAGUGAAACAGGGAAACCCUAAAAAACAAGACAACGGGGACAACAACUCCCUAAACUAUGCUACAUUGGAGUUCAAGGGGAAAAAUGAACCAGCAAAAAGAGCUUCUGAAAAUACUGGUUUAGCGGUCUACGCCAAGGUGGCAAAGAAAAAACAAUCAAAGAAUACUGAGCCAGAGCAAGAUUAUGAGAACGUUUCUUCUGCAUGUGCCCCAAAACUUCAGUUCAAUAAUUUAGACUGGGAGUCAGAUACCAGCGAAGAAGAUGAAAUAAAUUACAGCAUCGUGUCUUGUCCUGCUAAGCCUGGUCUCAGAGGACCCAAACCCAAACAGGAGAGUGAUUCGAGUACUAGUUCUGAUGAAGACAGCACCGUAUAUUCAGCAAUAAAAAAAUAAAAGUCAGGAAGACAUGGUGAUGUAUAUUAUUUUUAUAUCUGAAAGAUGUGCCAAACCUAUGAUGUAAUUAAAUAUUUUUUUCAAACACAAUCUCAUUGCUAUUUAUAACUAUUUUACGAGGUGGCUAAUUAGUAUGAUCACAUGCAUACAUGUGUUUUUGGCCCAAUGCUAUUGGGCUUCAUUAUUGCUAUUUUUAAUUACCCACCUUAUUAAAACGUUACAAAGUGCAAUGGGAUCCGACCGCUAAUUCAUUUGUCAAAGGCUUUUAAAAAAAAUUAUGUUCUGUAAGUUGAACAAAUUCACAUUUGGAUUCGUGUAUUGCAGAAGUUUUUAUAAGUAAAUCCAAAUGAAUUCAGCAAACCAUGUCAUGAACACAACCUUAUAUUGAAAGGUUCUGUAUGCUACUGUAAAUAUAUCAAUCCUUUGAAUGCAAUAGUUGUGCCAAAUGCUUGUGUGAUGAGCUUGAUAACUGUUUUGUGCAAAAAACUGCAAAAAAAAAUGCAAAAAAAAAAAAAAAAAACAGCUACAAAGGCUUCUUAUAGACGUUUAAUUUUUAUACAUUUUAUAAAUUGUGUUACUUUUAAAACAUGUAACUUAUUGAAUUAAACAUUUGUAUUUGCUGCUGUGAAGAACAUAUUCAGCAUUUACUGACGUGUUGAAUGUAAGCAGUCAGAUGUGUUUAGUAAAACUUGUUUGAAACUAAAAAAACAUGUGUAAUUUCAGUUGAAUGUUUAUUGAUAUUAUGAUUUAUAUAAAGAAUAAAAUAUGUCUCACUUUUUUAAUAUUGUUAUUUAAUUUCCAAUUAAUGAAACCAUACACCAAAAUGGUUCUUCUAUGACAUUGGGUUGAACCUUAAUGUUUUUUACAUUUAACAUUUUUAAGCAUAUGGUUAUUCAAAUGUAAUUCUGAAACAGCAUUACAAUAUAUUAUGUUUACAUUGAUGUUUUUAUACAUAAAUAAGAAUUUGCUUAAUGAACUUGCUUAUUGGAGCCAAACAAAGAUACAGAUGACAAACAAAAUUAGUAAUUUGUUUAAUAUAAAAAUAACAAAGUUUAAUUUGGUAAAUAUUGACAUUUUUGUUUUUGUCUGUAUAAAAACAUUGUAUUGAAUACAUUUUGGAGUUG